AAACUUCUUCAGAAACUACCAAUCCAGUCUUUAUCAGUCCAGCUUUCCUCAUUUCUCAGACGAAACGCUCCGACCCGAAUCACCGACCCGGUAUCGAAAUCCCAGGGUUUAUAAGUAUUGUGCUUUUCUCGUUUCUAAAAUCAAAUUCGAGCAAAAAUGUUCCGAAAAGUGUUCGGGAAGACCAAGCAGGAUGCUAAAGCCCUGCCAACCUUGCACAAAUUGAAUGAGACGCUUGAGAUGCUGGAGAAGAAGGAGAAGCUCCUUGGGAAGAAGGCAGCUGCAGAGGUUGAGAAGGCAAAGCAAUUUACUCAAGCAAAAAACCGAAGCUCGGCAAUAAAGUGUUUAAAGAGGAAGAAGCUUUAUGAACAGCAAAUUGAACAACUUGGAAAUUUCCAACUGCGAAUUCAUGAUCAGAUGAUAAUGCUGGAAAGUGCAAACGCUACAACAGAAACGGUUGACGCAUUGAGAAGUGGAACAGCUGUAAUGAAGGCCAUGAACAAGACAACAAACAUUGAUGAUUUAGAGAGAACAAUGGAUGAGAUCAACGACCAAACUGAAAGCAUGAAACAGAUUCAGGAGGCACUGUCAGCACCUGUUGGUGCUGCAGCUGAUUUUGAUGAAGAUGAAUUGGAAGCAGAGCUUGAAGAACUGGAAGAUGCUGAAUUGGAGGAUGAGCUUUUCCAACCCGCCACAACUGCUCCUGCAACUUCAGUUAGUGUAGAUGUCCCAGUCGGCAGGCAGCCUACCAGACCAGCUCCUCAGAGAAUUAACCGUGAGGAAGAUGAGCUCGCUGCAUUACAGGCAGAGAUGGCCCUUUGAGAGGUUAUUCCAUAUCCAGUUAUUAGCAUACAGUGGGAGAACGUUAAUAAACUGAGUUAUUGAUGAUGAUACUGUACCACUUGGAGUCUGCAGCCUAACUAGAGAAGUUUUAUUACUACUUCAGAACGCAUUGUAUAGAUAACUAUUUACUUGUAAUUUACUUGGUCAACUAGUACUCAAUGACCAAAUACUGUAUACUCUUAUGAGUUGAUGUUGUCUUUUUUAAAGAGCUAGCAUUCAGAUUUGAGAACCUCUUAUCGGUUCAAACAGUGCGGAAAUCAUGGUGUAGUUUUGAUUA